AUGGCCGCCUCUAAAGAAUGGCAGAAGAUGCUCAAGGGCGAGCUAUACUGGGCAUGGGACGCCGACCUGCAGGCUAAUCGGGAUCGCUGUAGGGAGGCGUGCAAGAGGUUUAAUGAAGCCGGCCCUGUCUCCCGACGACGUCGAGCAGCGCUCUGGAGAGAUAUAAUCGGCGACACUCGCCCACUUCCACCUGUCAAACAGGACCCAGCAGCAGACGAGAAGCAAUUCGACGAGACAGACCCCAUUGUUGAUCCUCCAUUCUCCGUAGACCACGGGCUCAAUCUCAAAGUCGGAAAGGGCACCUUCAUCAAUUUCGAUACGACAAUUCUCGAUACAUGCCUCGUUACAAUUGGAGAGCGCGUACUUUUUGGCCCGCAUGUUCGCAUAUACGGGGCCACGCACCCGAUCGAUCCGGCUGUGCGUCGGGGCCUAGAGGGGCCUGAGGCUGGAAAAGAGGUGCAUAUCGAGGAUGAUGUGUGGAUUGGAGGCAGUGUGAUUGUACUUGCCGGGGAUGUCCCACCCUUCCAUUUCGUUGCCGGAAACCCGGCGAGGGUUAUCCGCAAGAUUGAGACGAGUAUGGAUCCAGUACAAGCUACGGAGGGUUCUGAGACGGUUUAG